AUGGCUGAUAAAAUCAAGUCUUUCUUCCAAAAGAAGAAAAAUGCGAAAUUUAUGAAAGCAGGAAAAGGCUACAAAUUGACAGAGUCUACCAGUACCAUUAGUUCGACAGAAUAUAAAGAACCAGCUAGGAGAGCGGAACCUACAGAAGAAGCCAAAAUUGCAGGCCAAGCUGCCUUAGCAAGAUUAGAAGCGAAGAAAACUGAUAAACCAAGAUUUAACACAUCAUACGCUGCCAUUCAAGCACGAGUUAAACGUGAAUUGGAAUUAGAAAGAAAACAGCAAGAUUUACAACAGACAGAAAAUACAGCAUUGAAAGAGAAAAAAGACAGAAUUGAAGAUCCUUCCAUUUUUGCAGUUACUGAUGUAUUCUUUCGUUGUCCAUAUUUAUCGGAUGAAAUAUUGCUUCGAGAUGAAUGGAAGAAGAAAAUUAGAGAAUUUUUAUAUGAACAAGUAAAGGGAGAAGAAGCAGGAUUAACAGCAUGUUUAAUUAUUCAAAGUUGCAAUACUGGAAAAGAGAAGAUUGAGAGCUGUGUAGAAACACUUAACAAAUAUUUGGACAAUAUCAUUAACAAUCCAGAUGUUGAAAAGUAUUGGAAAAUCAGGAUGUAUAAUAGAAUAUUCCAAGAAAAAGUUUUGCCUAUUGAGGGAGCGUUAGAUUUCUUAAAAGCAGCUGGUUUCGAGCAGCAAAACUUGAUACAUAAUGAUAACGAAGAAGAUUUCUUAAUAUGGAAUCCUAAUAAUUGUAAUAUCGAAAAUCUUGUGAUCUUACAAGAAGCAUUGACCUCUGCAGAACCUAUUCCUAUUGAAUUGGACAGGAAUCUGCAAGUAUUAAUGCCUAACCAAGCUCGCAUAAGGAAUGAAUUGCCAUCUAGUUUUUUCACUAUUACUCCAGAAGAAAUAAAAAAAGAACAACAAUUACGUACGGAAGCUAUAGAAAGAAAUCAAAUGCUAAGAACAAAGGCUAUGAGGGAGAAGGAUGAGCAGCGUGUACUUAGAAGAUAUAAAUUUGCUGUACUUCGUAUUAAAUUUCCAGAUAGAAUAAUAUUGCAAGGUACUUUUUCAGUACAUGAGAAAUUCCAGAAUGUAAUGGAGUAUGUUUCUGAAAAUCUAAUCGAUGAUAAAGUGUUCUUUUCCUUGAUAACACCAGAUGGGAUUAAGUUAGUAGAAGAGUGUUAUGAUAAAACACUUUUAGAGUUACGGUUAAUUCCUACAGCUAUUCUAGAAUUCUCAUGGAACACUACAGAUAAGGAAAAUAUGCCUAAAGGAUAUUUGAAGGAAGAUGUACUUGCUUAUAUACAAGAUGUUUGAAAAUGAUACUAUGCUCUGAUACAGAUAACCAUUAAUUAAAAACACAAAAUUUCUUGUUAGUUAGCACUUCGAUAAAUAAUGGAAAUAUGAUUCUGUCACACAUAGUGACUCUAUUCCAUAUAUAAUUAUAUAUUUAUAUAUUUUAUGACUACUCCAGUUUUUGGAAUAUUUUUCUGGUAUAUUAUGCAUCAUUUUAUCAUGUAUUGUUAUUUACAUUAAAACGCCAUGUACGUAUAUGAAAAUUGAUUGAAUUAUAUUGAUUAAACUA